GCUGUAUUCGUUUGAAAGACCCCUUUCGCCAAAUAGGCGACGUCGUGAGUUAUUUGUCAAUCGAAGUCAACACGUUUAUUUUUAUUAAAAAAGACCGUAAAACGUUAAAAUUAAUUAAAAAAUACAUCAAAAUCAAUCAUGGCGCAAUUCGAUUUAACAACUAAAAAUUGCCAAUUUCUGGAUAGGCAUUUAACUUUCCCGCUAUUGGAAUUCUUGUGUGGCAAAGAGAUUUACAAUCAACAAGAUUUACUGGAAUACAUUUUAGUAACAGUAAAUAAAACAAACAUGAUUGAUUACACCAUGGACACUAGGAAGCGUCUGAACUUGAGCAAAGAAAUGCCCGAGGAAUUGGUCCAACGCAAGGCUGAGGUCUUGGCCACGCUCAAGCAAUUGCAAAAUGAAGUUGCUCCCAUUAUGAAGGCAACUGAUAUUUUGAAGAAUGGUGAAAGCAUGAAAGAUUCAAAGACAUUCGUGAAUGCUUUGCAGAAGGAUUACAACUUCAAAAUCGAACAUUUGGAGAGUGCUUACAAAUUGGCCAAGUAUCUGUACGAGUGCGGUAACUAUCAGGAGUCAACAUCGUAUUUGUACUUUUGUUUGAUUGUCAUGUCGCCAAAUGAUAAGAACUACCUCAACGUAUUGUGGGGUAAAUUGGCCGCUGAGAUUCUAACCCUCAACUGGAAUACCGCCCUGGAGGAUUUAAACCGUCUGCGUGACUACAUUGACAACAGCAACUACACCAACAUCCAAGCCUUGCAACAGCGUACUUGGCUCAUUCACUGGGGUGUUCUUGUCUUUUUCAACCAUCCCAAAGGCCGUGAUCUCAUCAUCGAGAUGUUCCUCUACAAGCCUUUGUAUUUGAAUGCCAUUCAAACAAUGUGUCCCCACAUUUUGCGUUAUUUGGCAACAGCUGUUAUCAUCAACCGCACUCGUCGCAAUGCCCUCAAGGAUCUUAUCAAAGUCAUCCAACAAGAAUCUUACACCUACCGUGACCCAAUUACUGAAUUUUUGGAAUGCCUCUACGUUAACUUUGACUUUGAGGGUGCUCGUAUGAAGUUGCACGAAUGCCAGACUGUCAUUCUCAACGAUUUCUUCAUUGUGGCCUGUUUGGAUGAAUUCGUUGAAGAUGCCCGUUUGAUGAUCUUCGAAACAUUCUGUCGUAUUCAUCAGUGCAUCACGAUCAGUAUGUUGGCUGACAAGCUGAACAUGAAAGCCAGUGAAGCCGAAUGCUGGAUUGUAAAUCUGAUUCGUAAUGCACGAUUGAAUGCGAAAAUCGAUUCGAAAUUGGGACACGUUGUGAUGGGCACACAACCACUUAGUCCGUAUCAGCAAUUGGUUGAGAAAAUUGACUCACUCUCGAUGAGGUCGGAGCAUUUGACUGGUUUGGUGGAACGUAAGAAUAAACAAAAGAAUCAAGAAGACUCGUGGAAGUAUUUCUAAAGGAAAAGAAUAUUUUUUGUACCGAUAAACUAAAGAAUAAUCAAAACCAAGAGUAUUUGACCUUUUGCUUAUUCUAUAAGAACAAAUUAUUUUCCAACAACCACAAGAGUAACCAACUAAAACCUUAAAAAAAAAAAAAAAUAGAGAUCUAUAGCUAUUUAUAUUCAAUUGUCCUAUUAAUUGAAGUCUUAUGGAUUUUUGUAAUAAAUUAUUCUGGAAUAAAACAUCUAUUCAAAAGAGUAAA